AUGGAUAAAGAAGACGACAGGUUGGACGAUGAUGAUGAGGCAGUUACUGAAUUGGCAAGAAAAGAUGACCUCGAAAAAUAUGCACAAUCAUUUACUAAUGUUUUUGAUUUGCUUAGCAAGACUCAUGCAAAUGAGCAGAGUCUUGCAGAAAAAUGUGAGAAGCUUGAAGCAGAUCUGGAGAUGCUUAGAAAAAAAUAUUCGGCAACAAUGUCUCAGGUGGAAGAAGAUAGGGAGAUCAUAGCAAAACUCAAGCAGGAAUUAGAGAGAUCCCGGAGACUUACAGAUGCUGCACAUGUACGGGAACAGAAUGCACAUGAAGCAAUAGAAACUUUACGUCAACAAGUUGCUCACCUGAAGCAGGAAAUUGAAAAGAAAAAAGAAAUGGGUGGAGAACAGUCAGACGAGUCUGGAUCUGCUGCAAAGAGUAAAGAAAGUCUUAUGAAAGAAAGAGAGAGGCUAACAAAUGAAUUAUCGGUCCUGAAGGAAAGGUUGGCAAAUGCUCUGACUUACCAAGGGGAGUUGGAAAAGGAAGUUUCUGCUGCUGACACACGUGUUAAUGAGUUAACACAGGAAUUGGAGGCACAUAUAUCAGAAGCAAGCAAGGAACAGAGAAUCAGAGAUCGCAUGGAACAAGACCUGAAAGAAUUAAGAGCAGAGUUAGAAUCCAGGGAGGCAGAGAUUUCAUCCUUGUCUUUAAACCUGAAACAAGCACAGAGUCAAGAGGAGAGGCUUCAGAUAAGCCUUGCUGAAGAGAAGUUGAAAGUGGAGAACUUAACAAAACAGUUUGAAAGCCUAAACACUCAGCUGCAAAAGACCAUGCUUGAUUUUGAAAACCAGCAAACAUUGUUUGAUAAACUUACAAAUGAAAAUGCACAGAAGAGCAGUGAAAUAAAGGUGAAAGAGGAUGAGCUGAUGAAGUUGCACAAUGAACUAAUAAAAGCUUCCAAAUUACAAGAUAGCUACCUUAAGAAAGCACAACAAAUGGAUCAGUUACGAGGAGCUGCAGAGGAGAAGCGAACAAAAGCUAUGGAGACCCUGGCACAAGUACAGAAGCAUAUGGAGGCUGCCAAGAAGCAGGCAAUACUGGACAAGCGCACAAUUGAGAACCUAACACGGCAGAUGGAGAUACUCAAGAACAACCUGUUAAGGUCAUCCAACACAAUGGCUGAGCAGAACAAAAUACUGCAGAUAGGUGAACAGGAACGGAGAAAUCUAGAGGUGAAGCUGGGCCGGGCAGAGAAUGAAACUGCAAAGCAAGCCAAGAAAAUCACUGAGCUUGAAAAUGAGAGAGACAGACACAUUGCAGAAGAGGCUGAACUAACACGGAAAAUGCAGGAAAUCAUGGAGGAUCUGCAGUUCAAGCAAAGGGUUAUGACUGAUCUAAAGAAGCAGCUUGGGGAUGCUGAUAUUAAGUUCUCAAAGCAGCAGGACACAAUAGAAGCCUUGCGCUCUGACAAAAACAGCCUUAGCAAAAAUCUACAACAGUAUAAGGAUGAAAUCAGCGAGCUAAAACAGAAGCUGGAGGCAAUGACACGUGAGGUGGAACAGCUUAAGGAAUAUGUGGCAUCUGCAGAAGCUCAGCUGAGAAAGGAACAGUCAGCAUUGGUGAAAGUGGAGAAGGAACGGGAGACCCUGAGAGCAGAGCUGCAGCAGACACGAGAGACAGUGUCAACGUGCCAACAGGACGUCUCGGCUCUACAUCAGGAGAUGCGGCACCUGCAGCACACCAUCCGUGAGGGUGAGAUGGAGCGCAACCGCCUGCAGAAGGACACAGAUAAGAUUCUUAAUGAGAGGGACAUUUUGAGUACACAGCUGGUACAAGGAAAUGAUGAACGUUUACUUCUGCACGAGAAGAUCAAACUUCUGGAGGGCAGUCUAUCCAGGGGCAAUGCCGAAUAUGACCAGCGCAUGGAAGACAUCAGACUGCUGAGGUUGGAGGUGCAGACUCUCAGACAGGAGAAAAUACUGCUGUCACGCAACGUCGACAACAUGAGUGACUUGAGGCAGGAAGUCCUUCACCUGCAGCGAGACCUAACAGAAGAGAAACUCAAGUGCCGAGCCUUGGAGGAGGAGCUGCAGAACCCGCUCAAUGUGCACCGCUGGAGAAGGCUUGAGGGAACAGAUCCAGAGAAGUUUGAGCUCAUCCUGAAAGUGCGACACCUACAGAGGAGAGUGCUGAAGAUGUCCAGGUCUGCCACAUACCACGAGAUGCAGAUGAAGGAGACAGAGCGGCGUUACACGGAACUUGUCCAGAAGACUGAGAAGCAGCCAGUGCAAGAGAUGUCUGACAAACUGGCUGAGAUGAAGCAUACUCUCCAGAAGAGAACCCAGUCUGUCAAGUGCCUAGAAACAGAAAUGAUGAUGUAUAAAGAUGAAGCAAAAGAGUAUAAGCAUAAAGUUGAGCUGAUGAAGGAAGAAUUGAAUGAAUUCAAAAAACUGUACUACGAGUUGAAGCGGAAGGAGCAGAAGAGAAAAGAACAGAUGGCAGAGGAUGCAAGAGCAAUCAAUAUAUUCCCACAUCUCAUAAGCAACGAGGUCCGCAUAAAACCACGCUUCAUUGGUGGUGGUUUCAACCUAGACGCUCACUCUGCAAGCAGAGCUGGACAGACAUCAUAG